GAAACAUCAAAACAUGGAACGUGGGGAAUCUGUAGGAAAUAUAAUUAAAAUGUCUUGUGAUAUAGCUGAGCUGAGCUGUUCGCUGUGUCCGUGUCUCUCGCUUCCAAUAUGUUGUUUCCACUGAAUCUGAGACGACCACCCGUGAACGAAUACCGGGGAAAUUAAUACAGGACUCUUCCCGCGUCAUCCACGCGUUCUGUGUGGUUGGUUGAUCUACAAACGCUACGCCAAUAUUACACGACCACGGCGAUCCCGACUCGCACAAACAACACAGCCCUCUCCACAACGACUAACCACGCCCUCGGCCUGGUCGCCAUUGUGAAGAACGAGACUAAUUCGGCAUUUCGCAAACGCAACCCAUGAACAGCUUCCCGUAGGGCCAGACAGGCAGCAAACAAAACGCGAGCGACUCCUUGUGCCUGAUCUAGUUUUAGGGAGGCAUAGGAAGCUGCUUUAAAGGAUCGGGACCUCCGCCGACGACAUCAUGGCAGCUACCGACGCCGAACAACCGUACGCCAACAUGGCUGCAGGAGACCCCUUCACGUCGAGCACGAGUCACCGCUACUCCAACUUCGACAGUCAGCUAUUCGCGCUUGGCCCAACCACAUCUCCGGAGCAAGCAAAGCGGGCAUUGGAGGCACAUCUCGCAGAGACCGAACGUAGGAUACAGGACGCGUCGAAGCUGGGCACGACGCUCGUUCAGCAGCGAAAGGAACUUGCAGACCGACUGAAGGAGAUCGAGAAAGAGCAAGAUGAGGGAGAGAUCACGCCAGAGCUGAGGCAGAAAUUGGUGGACAUCGAGAAGGAGUACAAUGAGGUUGGCCGCGAGAGCGCGCGGGCGUUUCUGCCAAAGUCGAGGGUGUCGAGCAGCGAGUUGGCUGAAUCUCCAUUUCCAGUUCAGGGCAAGCGAUCCGUGAGCCCCUCGAAAUUCGAAAGCCAAGCUACUGCCUCGCCAUCCAAGCUGAGCGUACCCAACCGCAAGCAGAGAAACCAGCCCUCAAACCGAGUUCACGAUAUCGAAUUUGCAACCGAGAUCUCUACCUCUCUCUUGUCACAAGUCCGGCACCUACAAGCGCUUCUGGCUGAAAAAGAAGAAUCUCUACGAAACGUGAAUACCGAAAAGGCACGGCUGGAGGCAGAGGCCGAGGGAUUCAAUCAGCGAUUACGAGCUCUCGACGAAAGCGAACAACGUUACAAGGACGAGAAUUGGAGUCUCGAGACCCAGCUACACGAGCAUAUCGCAACCGCCAAAGAAGCAGCUGCUCGCGAGAAGAAGCUUACUCAGAGCCUGAAUGCACUCCAAGUUCAGAAGACAACUGCCCAGAAGGAUCUUGACGAAAUGAAGCUGAGCCACUCCAAACUGUCCGAGACCCACGCAGCGGCGGUGAAACACCACGAUACGGAGCUCGGAGGACUCAAGCGGAACAUGGCAAUGGUCGAGAACGAGCGAGGAGCGCUGCAGCGCAAGAUCGAAGACUUGACUGGCCAGAACCAUGAGCUUGCCAUGGCGGUUGCACGCCAACGUGGUAUUGCAGAUGAACAGGAGAGCCAGGAUGCCACAGACGAAGACUUCGAGACCGCAGAUGACAAUGUCACACCUGAGCACUCUCCACCACCGUCGCCAACUAAAAUGACUCCACGCCAUAGCCAUCUCGAGGCGGAAACUCUGAAGAGCUCGCUGCAUCACGCACACCGAAUGAUUCAGAGUUUAAAGGGCAACAUCCACCGCGAAAAGACAGAGAAACUGGAGCUUAAGCGGAUGCUUCAGGAUGCUAGGGACGAACUGGAGAUUCGCCGCACAGAUGCCGCUUCAGGCUCCAUCAAGAAGAGUCGCAAAAUGGACUCCAAGGAGUUCAAGAAGCUCUCUAAGGGCCAACUUGGCGCUCUCCGCAAUAGCAGAAGCGAAAUCUCUAUGAAUGAUGCUCAAUGGGAAGACCAAGAUGGCGAGUCUAGCCCCUCGCGCGCUGCUUCAGCUCGCGUUGCCUCGAUGCCUGGCAAAUACGCCGAGUCCAGCGGCCAGUUCGAGACCUGCAACGAGACUAGCGACGCCUUCGAGACGGCCAACGAGCGCGACACCGAGACCGAUGACUUCCACACUGGCAAUGAGGGUAACACCGACAGUGAUGAGCUGACUGAGACCGAGAGCGGCGCAAAUGUCAGCACCAUUCGCGGCCGCCCAGCACCCCUUAACAUGGCCGCGAAGCGAAGCUCCUUCCUCAGCACUGCCUCAACUUCAGGUGACGAAUACAGCUACGAGGAGCUCAGGACACCCGUCCAGUCCCAACCCCAGCGCCUCCGCCUGCGCAUGGGCCGCGGAUCAUCCCGUCGCGAUCGUAUCGCCAGCGAAGAGCCUUCCAUCGACAGCAGCCCCGCGGCAAGCAACAACGGCACACCUCAACAACCUGGCCAGAGUCUAUUCGCAGAACUUGGCGACCUUGGUGGCAGCGAUGAUGAGUCGGCCAUGGGCUCUAGCGUCGAUGGCAUGACACCUGGACGGAACCGCAGUAUCACGCCCGGUGAUACACCUGGCGGCGCGUCCGCGCGCAUGUCUGCGCUCGACAUUCCCCCUGUUCCGGCGCUGCCAAAGCCAGCUAUGGUGGAUUCGAGCAUGAUGACCGACGGCUGGGAGCCCGCGCCAGCGACACCCCAGAGCGCCGUUCCAAUUAUUGCUAGCGGCCUUGCCAGCGGCCUCGUAGGCGCCGGGCUCGUCGAGGCUGCCCACCAGUUGACCGACAACCGUCUAUCUGUGAUGAGCGACGUCAGCACUCAGGCCGGCGACGUCAGCGAGCGCUUGGCUGAGUUCCCUACACCCCCUACGCGUUCCGCGCCUCUUCCGCCUUUGAGCAUCUCUACCAUCCAGGCAGAGGACAUGAUGCCCGUUAUCCCUGCGCCUGCCACGCCGGUGCAGAUGGUGUUCUCGUCUAUCGGGACGUCGCACACUGAGCCGCUAAGCCCAGUCCUACACGUGCCUACGCCUGUUAAGCUUGCGUUUGCGCCGAUUGAGGGAACUGAGACGGAGCCCAUUGAGAGGCCGGCGACUGCUGUCAAGAUGGAGUUUUCGGGCAUUGAGGCUGUGGCGAUGGAACCUGUUAGCCCGGUUCUGCGCCCGGUUACGCCUGUCAAGCUUGCAUUCGUGCCUAUUGAUGCUCUGGAUACUGAGCCGAUUAGCCCUAUUGAAAGGGCUGUCACACCGGUUAAGAUGGCAUUCUCUUCCAUUGAAGCUAUGGAGACAGAACCUAUUAGCCCCGUCGAGAAGGUCGUGGCCCCGAUUAACAUGGCAUUCUCUUCCAUUGGUGAUACUGCCACGGAGCCCGAGUCGCCUGUGAAGAGGCUAGUGACGCCUGUGGCUUUCGAAUUCUCGUCUGUGUCAAAUACUGAGACCGAGCCAAUUUCUCCCGUCGUCAGACCCGUCACACCACCGCGACCAGUGACGCCUGUUGCUUUCGCGUUCUCAUCUGUGUCAAAUACCGAGACCGAGCCAAUUUCUCCCAUUGUCAGACCCGUCACACCACCGCGACCAAUUACUCCUAUUGCCCUGGCAUUCUCAUCCAUCACCUCUACGUCAACAGAGCCAAUUGAGCCCCCGAGCCCAGCACACAAUCACCUCUUGGCAGGUGCUCUCGGAGCAGGUGCUCUUGGCGCAGGUGCCCUCGGGGUAGGGGCCUUCCUAUCAGAUAAAUCAGACAAGGAGCUCUCAACCCAGAGCCCAGAGACGCCAAAGGGCAAGGGUAACUUCAACGGCUUAAUGAGCUGGGCGAAGGCUAAAACGCCCGUUGGCCCCCUUAUUGCCGAAGACGAGACCCGCCAGUCGCCUAACCAGUCACCGCUGGCAGAGACGCCAGAGUCGCAGCGCCCAUUCAAGGAGUUGUCUGUCAACACAAAUGAGAGGCCUCCAAGCAAAGCCAAGCCUGAUAUGACGAGCUCUACUGCUCAGACGUCACUUACCUCGGAGGAGAUCGAUGAGAUGCUCUCGAGGAAGAGCGACCGACAAUACGAUAUCCUGACCGAGGACUCGCAGAAGCCACUGUCGCCCUCACGAACCGUCGUUCCCCCAACAAUCCGAGUUCGGGAAAGCAUGGGCAGUGUCAGAAUUACGCGCCCGAAGGCUUUGGAUCUCAGCCUUGACCGUGAGAACCAGCCCAGCAACAGGCCUGGCAGCUCCGGUAGCUACCGCCGCUCCAUCAGCAGCCAACACCCCCCACUGCCUCCAAACCACCAACAGGUCAUUGCUGCAGCCCAGCGGGUUGGAUCUUCGUCUAGUAACCACACGGGCAUCAUGGGUCCUCCACUCCUACCUGCAUCAGCCUAUAUGAAUUCCAACUCCCAGCUGCGCCCGAGGACUCCAUCCAGCUCCCGCGGUCCAAGCAGCCCCAAGAACGGCACUACGCCUCGCCCAAGAUAUCCUGGUGGCGCUGAGCUGAACCCCUCUAUCACAGGCCGCUCGCGCGCCUCGUCGGUGACCUCCUUCGCCUCCGAAGUGGAGAGCCGCUUCAACCUGCGCGGCGGCCCUACCGAAAUCCCCGGCGUGGCUUCCGGCACCGACCCGCGCAUGAUCCAGGCGAUCACGCAGACCAUGAUCGGUGACUACCUGUGGAAGUACACCCGCAAGGCCGGCCGUAGCGACAUGUCCUCCACGCGCCACCGCCGCUACUUCUGGGUCCACCCAUACACGCGUACUCUGUACUGGAGCGACCGUGAUCCUUCGACCGCUGGGCGCAGCGAGCUUAAAGCCAAGAGCGUCGCCAUCGAAGCCGUCCGCGUCGUCACAGACGAUAACCCGAUGCCACCUGGACUGCACCGCAAGAGUCUUGUCAUCCUAACGCCUGGACGCUCGGUCAAAUUCACCUCGCAGACGGGACACAACCACGAGAUUUGGUUCAACGCCCUCUCCUACCUCCUUCUGCGCACCGACGACGCUCCCGAGGACACCGCCGAUGAAGCCCCCGACGCCCUGACAGCCGACGACGUCGACGAGUUUAACCCCGGCUUCCGCUCUUCCCGCCGCGGCGGCGCCGCCUCCCUAUCCUCCUACAACAGCCGCGCCACGCGCAACGAGUCACCCGCCAUCCCAGAGCGCCCAACACUAAACAACACCCCUUACAACGGCACCGCGGCGUCGCGCGGGUCGGUGGUCUCGCGACUGAGCAACUACUGGCGCACGAGCAAUGGGGAGGUGUACGGUGCGCGGCGGAGCAGGCAGAGCACGGGGCAGAAUAGCAUAUAUGAGACUAGCGAGGUGCAUGAUAGUGCCGAGGACGUGCGGGCGAUGAUCGAGAAGCAGGAUCGUGAGAGUGAUCGGUUGGAGAAUGUGAGGGCGUGCUGUGAUGGACUCCAUGACGUGGGACAUCUGGCGCACACCCCUACGAGCUCCGUGCGCAACCGCCUCUCGCAGGGAACGCGCAGCUACACGCCCGGUCCUGGCCAGAGACCGGGCGCGACGAGCAGGCAGAGCGUGCAGUAGUGUACCAUCAUACAUAUAACAGCAGCGGAAAAAAUUGAACGGGGGUGGGGAGAUACGAGAGCGAAUCGAAUACCACGAGGUAAAAAACCACACAUACCGUCCAGACGGCCACGAUGUCACGCAAUAACCCACUUAGACACGCCUUUUCAGGCCUUUCCUUAUAACUCGAACCGCUUUUUUGUCUUAUUUAGCUUGAUUUUCCCCUUCCGAGACGCUCAUUUUAUUACUUCUGGGAAAGCGUGCGUGCGUGCGUGGGAUGGCACAGGACAUGGCGCCAGUACGUCGGCGAGAGAUUGCGUGGGGUCGUCAUGGAUGCUGCUGAUGCAUCUUACUUUCUGUACACCUUUUCUUUCUUGCGUGUGAAGAUGGAGCGCGGUAAUGGUGGGAGUGGUGGAUGCAGGUGUACGCUUUUCUUGAUUGAGGGGUUGCGGAUACCAGGGGCAUGAAAUUGUUGCGGGCUGAGGUCGCUGAGAGGCUAUCUAUUUUCCCCUCUUGGCGCGGAAUGGGGAGCAGAGGCUCGAGAUAAUUUGCGGGCUGUGGGAUGGGGCUUCUGGAGAAAGGGGCCACGGGGAGGGGUUGUUGUAUGUAAACUUCGAGAUUGUGUGAUGAUGAGUUGGCG